CUUUCUCCCCCAUUUCCCACUGCCUACAAAACCGCUUAAACAAGAAGGAUACCCUUUGAAUUACCAGCACACACAUCAUGACGACGACGGCACCCUACAAUACUCCCUUCAUGUCUCAACACGGCUGUAAACGACGUCUUGACGACGCUGAACAUGCUUUUUACAGUCCGGUCAAGCGGUUUUGUGAUGGGAUGCGGAGGGUGUCGCAACAACCAGUGAGGAGCGAGAGUUUGCCCAGGAAGCGGGCAAGAGAAGAAGAUGAUCACGAUGAAGAGAUUGUGAAUUUGGAUUUUUUGAGUCCGGUGUUCAAAAGGGCUAAGGGAUUGGAUGGGCCUGACGAGCGUUGCUUAUCGAUGGCGCUUGUACCGUAUUCGCCUCCUCCUCCUCCGCCUCCUCCUACGAGUAGUAGUGACAGUAUGACUACUGCUGUACCUACGGCUGCUGCUGCAGAUGGUGCGACCGCGACGAGUCCUAUGGAUGGUAUUCCCCUUCUUAAUAGUGUACAGUGGGAUCAAGGAACCUUUCAAGUACAUGAAGGGUUGGAAGGACGGUUAAGACAGAUCUGGGGAUGGGAUGACGUGUCGGGGUGGAAUGUCGGUGGUGGGAAUGGGGCGGGGCAGGUUGUGCUGUAUACGGGGGGAAAAUGGGUGCCACCUUGUACAGAAAGGGAGAGUGGAGUGGUUGACUCUGAUAAAGAAGAAGACGAGCAAGAUCAGGCGGUGUUGAUGGAUGUGGAUACCUGAGUCGUGCUGGGUAGAUACGGGCGUGGUACUCUUUGCGUGUAUGUACAGCUGGGAGCAGGAUUUGUAAAUAAUAUACAUUAGCGUGCCAUGUCCACGCAAAAUGGAAAUAAAAAUGUGCAAAUAAUGAUAGUGUAUUGUAUAAUGAUAGCAAGAAACCCAUUAAACCCAAAACAGAUUCUAAAACAAAAUUAAA